CGCUGCCGCUGAUUGGCUGCUGUGAGUCCAUUUAAACAGUCGAAUCCUUACUGGAGCGUUUAGAUGAGUGUUUGCUGGAAGCAUUGGGAUUAAUCUCAGCUGAAGAGUUUAUCUAGCAGACUCUGUAGUGCGUAUUGAGGGCGGUUGCUGAGGAUGGGGCUUUGGUUUGUGAUGCUGUGGGUGUUCAGUAUGCAGUUCGGCGAGGUGCAUGCUUUCUUUGACUGGCUGAAGAAGUCUGCCCCCGCUCCUGCUCCUCCAGAGGAAACUAUUGCCCCCGUUCUGCUCCACGGAGAGACUCCGGCCUUUGAAAUGAGUGUUGUUGAUGAGAAGUUUUUGGCAGAAGCAAAGCAGAUGGAACUCAGUCCGCUGGAUAGCUGCCAUUUCCGGGUUGUUGCUCAGCUCAAAGCUGCUUGCAGCGGCCUGUCAGAGGAGCAGCUGGCCAAACUGGGCGUGGCUUUGUUCAACUGCCAAUCAGAGGUGGAGGGUCGCCGGACUUACCCUUGCACUGAAGAAAUGUCUAUAAAAGAGUGCACAGCAGACAUGGACUCGGAUACGUGGAAUGCAUAUCACAUUGUCAGUAACCGAGCGCGCUCCGUGUGUUACGCCACGCGCCAGCAGCACUUCCGCAAGCGAGCCGAGCUUACCGUCAACGCCCUGAUCUCCACCGCAACUAACCAACUAGAUGCUAUGAAAGACCUAAAGGAGGGUCAGAAAGAGCUGAAGGAGAUGACCGCCGCGUCACUGGACAAGCUGCUGGAGGGUCACAGCGUCCUACAGCUCCAGCAAGGGACCCUAAAGGAAGGGCAAGAGCAGCUAGAUGCCUCCAUCAGUGAAAAUCUGCAGAGACUGGCGCAGGAGAAGGCUCUCAUCAGCACCGGGCAGCAGCUGGUGGCUCAGUUAAUUCAGGGCAUCACACAGAGAAUGGAGAAUGUAAGUGGGCAGCUGAAGGAUCAGAGUGCAGAAGUGCAGGAAGGACAUCAGGCGAUUCUUGAGGACCUGGCUGUGGUCCGAGGAAGUGCUCAGGACAUCUAUGAAAAAAUGGAGCUCAAUCUGAACGGCUUCCUGCAGCAGCAGAACACAACGGCUCAGUUCUACUCUGAGCUCAUGAGGAAGCUGGAGCGCAUGAAUGGCACUCUGGGAUACAUGCUGACGUAUCUGGACAACAUGCAGCAUCGCCUGGAGGACAGACUGCAGAUGAUCCAAGGCUAUCUUGGCUGGGCAGGCCUGAGUCUGCGUGCUCUGUGGAUGUGUGUGAUGCAUGCUGGUUACUUCCUGUUGUCUGCGGUGCUGCUGUCGUUCCUGCAGUGUGCCACGUUCUCCCGCAUCUCUCUGCUCCUCAUGGUCCCAAUCAAUGCGAUCGCAGACAUCAACCAGCAGUCUGCGCUCGACUUGCUCUCGCUCACGUUGUUGUUGUUCACACUUUCUCUAGGUCGCUGGUUUGUCCUGCAGAUGCUUUGGGCGUUGUCUAAAAUAAAGGGCCAGACCUGCAGUCCCGCUCCUCUCCCUUUAGGCCCUCCUAAAGAGAAGACCCCAGAAAAACAGAGCCGAUCAACUGAGCGCUGCCAGAUGUCCUCUUCCACUCCUGUCCCGAAUGAGCCAGACUGUGAUUUGGAGGUUGAGAGUUUCAUGACGGGUGAUCCAUACAUACUGUCCAUGUCCCCGUCUCAGUCUCAUGGUCCACCAAAGUUCAGUCAUCUAAUCACAGGCACACCCAACCAUUCAACCCCCAGAUUCAAGAGUCGCCACAGCAUUGGAGCAGCAGUGUUUGACAGUGUUCCUCAGAGGAACCUAGGAGGUGUGUUGGAGACUGUGAAUCACUCCCGAAGCUCAAGCCCCAACCAUUCACUUGCCAGCAACAGUUCUUUGUCAGGUCGCUCGCUGUGCAGCGGUAUCACUCGGCUGGGUCAGCCAUGCAAGAAGAGGGCUCUGCUGGGUCAGGACUACUGUAGACUACACGAGGGUGGUCACACCUCCUACAGUCGACUCAGAGAUGAAGUUCAUUAGAAGACAAGAAAUGCUGAGUUCAUUUCUGUUUACAGAAGUGUUUGCAGAAUGUACAUUGAAUGCUGGAGCACCUUUCUCUUUUUAACUACUUGGUCGUGGUAGCUUGUCUUUUGGUCAUAGUGGGUUUUAUUUCACGUUUGUUGUAGUGACACUUAUAGAUGUAUUUUGCAUUAUUUAUAAUAAAUUAUGUAAAGUAAGAUUAAGAUUUCACCAUGCUGUCUGCAAAUGCAUUGUCUUACAAGCAUUUAUUAAAGCAUUUUUAUUUAAUUUUUUUUUAAGAAAAUGUUCUGGUAAAUGAAGUGUGUGUGUUUUUAGAGCGCAUUCGUCUAUAAAGUUAUCGAUUUGAAAGGGAGAGAGAGCUAUCCAUUAGAAUUCCCAUUCAAGUAUUAAAGACUCACAAGUAUGCAUGGCCUGUUAUUGCCCUGUUUCUACCUGGUAUAAACAUGAAAGAGUUCUGGUUGUUCUAAUCCUCUUUAAGAAUUACGGAGGCCAAUGUGCUCUUGGGAACCUUCAGUAGUUCAUUUUAAAUGCUUUAGUUUUUGUAUAUGGAUAACUUUUGCAAGGCACUGUGUGUUACACCAUACAUGAGAUUGAACAUAUUUUUUAAAAAAAUUGAAAUCAGGGACUCUAACAACAAUACUGGACUCAGAAACGAGUAAAACAGGUUGUGGGUUUAUUUCCCAUGCAGGGAAAGCAAAGCAUGAGAUGUUAGGAUGUACAGCUGCAACAAAUCGACUGGGAUCUGCAGCCCAUUGUUCAAUAUACUGUUAUGUUUGUGCAUUAUUAACAUUUGAACUGAGUGGGGGAAAACGUUAGAAUCAAAAAAGCAAUAAGCAAUUAAUAAAAAUUUCGCCUCCAGCAAUCACUA